AUGUUGGCAAAGCAGAUAUUGAGACCACAACAAAGCUACGGCAUUCUGAAAGCCUCUACGAAGCGAUAUACAACAGGUCUGGAGAACUCAGAUGGAAAUUCCUCUUUGGAACAAGAAUGGCAAGCCGCCAAACCCUUCAAAGAGUUGCCUGGUCCAUCGAAGUUCGAACUAUUUCGUGGUUUCCUCAAGGGUGGUGAAUUUCAUGGCAAACCCUUCGAUGCGGUAAUGCGGGUGUGUCGUCAACGUUAUGGUGACAUUUAUCUGUUACCCGGAAUGUUCGGUUUACCCACCAAUUUGGUCAGCUUUAAUUUAGCGGAUCAUGAAAAGGUAUUUCGCACAGAGGAUAGCUAUCCAGCCAGACCGGGCCUGGAGGCGGUUACCUAUUAUCGCCUGUCGCAGAAAAACUCCAUGUACAGUGAGGAAUAUUUGGGGGUGGCAGGAAGUGGUGAAAAUUGGGGGAAAUUCCGCCAUAUGGUGAACCCCGUGCUGAUGCAGCCCAAAAAUACCAGGCUCUAUAUAGAACCACUGCAAAAUAUUAAUGCGGAAUUUAUUGAGAGGAUACGCUACCUACGUGAUCCCCAAACCCUUGAGGUCCCCUCAAAUUUUAUCUACGACAUUAAUCGUUUAUCUUUGGAAUCUGUGGCCCACAUAGCCUUGGACAAGAGAAUGGGUUUGCUGGAAAAUCAACCCCUUUCCUCGGAAGCCAAAUCCCUGUUCGAUAACCUCUUUACCUUUGGUGAUGCCAUCUAUGAGCUGGGCAUACAACCAUCCAUUUAUCGGUAUAUUAAAACCCCAGCAUAUAAGCGCUUUGAAUCUGCCAUGGAUACGGUCUAUGAAAUAUGUCAUAAAUAUGUCUUAGAGACCAUGGAGAGAUUGGAACGGCAACCCAACACGGGAGAGGAGAAAAGUAUAUUGGAAAAGUUGUUAAAACUCGAUCGGAAAAUGGCCAUCAUCACAGCCAUUGAUUUACUUAUGGGUGGGGUUGAGAUAACCUCCACGGUAAUGUCGGCAAUUUUCCUAUGUCUGGCCAAAAAUCCGGAGAAGCAGGAAAAAUUACGCCAAGAGAUCUUAACCAAUAUUGGUAAGAAUGCCGACUUCUCCUUGGAUAAUAUGAAACACUUACCCUACCUACGGGCCUGCAUAAAGGAGGCUCUACGCAUCUACCCCGUGCUCUUUGGUAAUAUACGCAUUACGGGGCGGAAUCUAAAUCUUAGUGGUUACCAAAUACCCAAGGACACUAAUGUUUUUAUGGCCUCCAAUAUGCUGCUACACGAAGCGAAAUAUUUCCCCAAACCACUAGAAUUUAUACCCGAACGUUGGUUGCGCUCCACAGAAACUGGCAUGCAAGAAUACUCGGCGAAGCAUAUUAAUCCAUUUAUAUUUUUGCCGUUCGGCUUUGGUCCCCGCUCCUGUUUGGGUAAGCGUAUUGUCGAUAUGGAAUUGGAGAUAACAGUGGCUAAUAUUGUUCGAAAUUUUCAUAUGGAAUAUAAUUAUUCGACAGAGAAUGCAUUCCGCACCUAUUUUAUGAAUACUUGUAUUCUGCCGUUGAAAUUUAAGUUUACCGAUUUGUAA